CGCAAAGUCCUCGGCGACUACAGCGGGGCGCUCAGCUACGGCUCCACCGCCAAGUACCUGAACAUCACUGCCCACUUGAUCAGCAUCUUCCUCAUCGCCCUCAUCAUCGCCCUGAUCGCUACCGGCACCAUCACCGUGGUCAACAUCCUCCAGCAUCAGCAGGAGCAACACCCCUUCUUCGGCCCCACCUAG